AUGGCGCCGUCCACGUAAAUGUAAAACAAAACACACACACAAUGAAGACAACGUAAAAAGAGAAUAUAAUAAAGUGUUUCUCCCGGCGGAGCAGUGUUUUUUUGAAGUUUUCAACCACAACAAAGGCCUCAACAUGCCGGCCUUCCGCCAGGUGGGAGAGAAGCAGCUUCCCAACCCGGUGCUGUGCAUGGCCUGGUCCCCCAAGAGGGAUCUGAUCGCUCUGGCCAACACCACCGGAGAGCUGCUGCUGCACCGCUUGGCGAGCUUCCAGCGGGUGUGGAGCUUACCGCCUAGCGAGUACACCGGGAAGGAGAUCACCGCCCUGGCCUGGAGACCCGAUGGCAAGAUCCUGGCCUUCAGCCUGGGCGACACGAAGCAGGUGGUGCUGUGCGGCGUGGAGAAGGCUGAGAUCCUCCACGUGUUCCCGAUGCAGCACCCGGUGACCUGCAUGCACUGGAUGGAGGUGACGGAGGAGAGCAGUGUCCUCAGCGCCUUCUACAGCUCAGAGGACGAGUCCAAGCUCUUCCUCCCUAAACUACCGACGCUCCCCAAGAGCUACAGCACAACGUCAAAGAUCUUCAGUGAGGAGAAGUCUGAUGAGAUCAUGAACCUCAUGGGUGAAGUCAGACUGAACGUUCUGGUUCUGGGAGGAGACUCCGGCUUCGUGGAGCUGUUUGCCUACGGCAUGUACAAGAUCGCCACUCUGUCGGGGGUGUCGGGUUCCUGUCGCAGCCUCAGUCUGUCGAGCGACCUCAAGUCUCUGUCCGUCAUCUCAGAAGUCCGGUCGGCUGGCGGAGAUCCUCAGAUCUGCUACGUUCAGCUGGACACGAGGUUGCUGUCCGACUGCCUGCCCGAGGUGACCCGGAUGGCACGCAAGUUCACCCACAUCUCCACUCUGCUGCAGUACCUCCACCUGUCGCUCACCUGCAUGUGUGAGGCCUGGGAGGACAUCCUCAUGCAGAUGGACCUGAGACUCACCAAGUUCGUUCAGGAGAAGAACACAAGCACUCAAGUCCAAGAUGAGUUCUUAGAGCUUUUGCUGUGGGGACAAUCGAGCCCUGAACUUCAGGCUCUCCUCAUGAACCAGCUGACCGUCAAGGGCCUGAAGAAGCUCGGCCACUCCAUUGAGUCGUCGUACUCCAGCAUCCAGAAGCUGGUGAUCAGCCACCUGCAGAGUGGCUCUGAGGCUCUGCUGUACCACCUGAGUGAGGUGAAGGGCAUGUCCCUGUGGAAGCAGAAGUUUGAGCCCCUCGGCCUGGAUGCAGCGGCUAUAGACGGCGCCAUCACCGCCGUGGGCUCCUUUUCUCUGAAGGCCAGCGAGCUCCUGCAGGUAAUCGACAAAAGUACGAAGAACUUUAAAGCCUUUUUCCGCUGGUUGUAUGUAGCCAUGCUCAGGAUGUGUGAGGAGCACGUUCCCCCGGAGCUCAACAAGAUGACGCAGAAGGACAUCGCCUUCGUGGCCGACUUCCUGUCGGAGCACUUCAGCGAGAACGAGGAACUGUUUGACCGUAAGGGGAAGUACUUCAACGUGGAGCGAGUGGGUCAGUACCUGAAGGAUGAGGACGAGGACCUGGUGUCUCCUCCCAACACCAAGGGGAACCAGUGGCUCAAGUUCCUGCAGGAGAGCACGCACCUCAAGGAGAGCCCCCUGCUGUUCCCCUCAUUCCCCCAGAAGUCGUUGCACUUCGUGAAGAGGAUGAUGGAGAGUGUGAUCGAGGAGUGUCUCCAGAAACCCGCCGAGGUAAUCGGGAAGUCGGUGACGCAGGCCGUCUUCUUGCCCCUGUACACCGUACCUGAGAGCUCUGAAAAAACUCCGCGACUUUUUGAACUCCCAUCGUUGUGGAACGACAAGAAAUCCAAAAUGCACCACGUUGUGUUCUGUAUGCCGGAGAGUUCACCAGGGAAGCUCUACCUGCUGCGCAGAGGGACCGACCCACACAGACUCGUCCCUAACAGCGUCUUGUCCAUUGACCUCCGCCACCAGGUUGACGGUGAAGCUGCAGCCCGGCCCAGCUGCCUCUACAGCUGCCUGGAUGCCCGUUUCUAUGACGACGAGAUGCUGACCGUGGUCCUGCGAGGAGACGGCGAGCGAGAGGAGAGCGUCCUGGCUCAGCUUCCUCUGGCCUCAGCGCUCAGCUGCCAGGCCGAGUUCCAGCUGGAGCCCAACCUCAGGUUGGACCAGCAGAGCGGAGCCAUCCCGUGUCAAGAGCUGGUUUUGGGGAAUCAGUGGCGUGAACUGGAAAACAUGAAGGCCCAGUUUGUGGCCGUCAACGGGAUCCGCAAAGUGGCCUGUGUGCUAAGUGCCAAUCUCCGGCACAUCCGUGUUUUUGAGAUGGACGUCGAGGACGAAGACGACGAGGGAGCCGAGUCUCAGAACGCCAGCGCGGACCAGGACGGGCUGGACGCCACGAUGGCCAGCGAGGGCCGGGGGGAGGAGGCUAAAGAGGACGGCGGGGAGCGAGGAGGCGAUGCCUUUAGGAAAACCGAGGAGCAGCUGGAGUCGGAGGAAGCCCUCUGAGACGAGAUUCAUAAAUAAAAGACGUUUGUUUUACAUGUAAAGUCUCUGACAAUAAACAGGUUUGUUUUCAUAUUUA